AUGUCCGACACCUGUAUUGUGUGCUUAGGAGACCUUGGCGAAAGCGCCAGCGAUCCUCUUGCCGUCGCCGCCGAGGCCGCGCCAAGACUUGACCUCGACCCCGAGAACAAGUCGGCGGACAUCGCCAUCAAGGUUGAUGGCGUGGAUGGCAAUGAGGAUCCUGGUCAAAUCGCCCAGUUGCUACCUUGUGGGCACAUUUUGCAUAACAACUGCCUCAAGCCUUGGGUGGAACGAGCCAACAGCUGUCCCAUCUGCCGGCGGAGCUUCAAUGUAGUCGAACUAAGUGAUCGCCUCGGCGGUCCCGUGAUCUCAUCAUAUGUCGUAGAAGAUCGGACCCAAACUGCCGAGGUUGACCCUUCGAUGUUUAUCGAGUAUAUCGAUGAAGAUGUCAUCGAUUUUCGUCCUUGUCCCGUUUGCGGGGAUGCGGACAAUGAAGACCUUCUUCUUCUCUGUGAUGGCUGUGAUGCACCCUCUCAUACCUACUGUGUUGGCCUCGAUGACGUGCCAAGUGGGCCCUGGUACUGUGCACGAUGUGAGGACCAACGUCGUCUCGGACGCUCCCCGGAGGCUGCUCGACCGCAGGAUCGACGGAACCGUCGCACCAGAGCACAGCAGCGCGUGCAACACAACAGAAGACAGACGGGCUCCGCCAACUGGGCCCGAGUCUGGCAGCAUGUCUGGAAUAACUUGAACAUUGAUUUGGAUUUUCCUUUCGAUGAUGACAUGUCGUUAGAGCGUGCUCGUCAGCAGCAACGACGGAAUGAGGCCAAUCAGCGUGAGUUUCGCGCGUGGCAGCGUCGUCUUGUAGUUGCUGAACGACAGGGUGGCAGCAACCAUUUUCGGGACACUGCGGCCUUGCUCGAUAUCGAAGCCCCUCGGCCAUCGCGGCCCCGCGCACCGCGCGAGCCUACGCCUGAGCCCGAGUCUCUGGAGGAAAUGAGGGCGUGGAAUGCAUUUGAGCGUGCUCGAGAGAUCGAGAACGAUCCCAGUGCAGCUAGAAAACGCAAGGAACCUACGAUGUCCCCCUCCCCGGUGCCCUCUGAGCCGGCUCGCAAGCUCAAACGUCCCCGGACUCGAAGAGCCGAGGAUUUGGCCGCUCUUGCUCAUCAGAAUGGAGAGUCGUCCCGAGCUGCAAGUGCACAGGCCACUGCUCGGAUUAAUGCUGAGCCCUCAGGUGAGCCGAGCUUUCUCCAGUCACUUUUGAAAGAGGUGGAGUCAUCUUCGAAAUCCAAUGGCCUCGGUUCACAUGGUGCUUCGGCCCACUCUUCCAUCGCCCCAACCGAUCACUUCACACCCGGUCCAGCCUCCCCUUCCAUCUCGCCUGCCCCCUCGAAUCAAUCUUCUCCACGCAUGUCAUCCGCUACGCCACCGCCACAUGGUCGAAGCAGACCGAUAUCUCCUUUACAAAUAGGCUCGCCUGCAGAGCCAUCAUCUCCACCAUUUUCACCGGACGUGUCUCCGAUCGCUUCAGAAAAAGAUCGGCAGGAGGACCAGUUCCCCCGUCACACCCCUCCUCCUCGCUGGAACCGUCGAAUUCCUCGGGCUGCAGCGCGCCCGGCAGCCCUACGCUCGCUCCACACCUCACCCUCUCGGGCCGGUCCAUCAUCCUCGGUCAAAUCGGCUAUUCAGAAGCUCGUGGGCUCCGAAUUGAAACCUUUUUAUCGCUCGAAGCUCGUAUCGAAGGAUGAAUAUACAGAUAUCAACCGGACAAUCUCUCGGAUGCUCUACGAACGGGUGGGAGAUGUCGAAGUACUUGAGGCUGAUGCCAGAGUUUCCCUGGAAGGAGCGGCCAAAGACGAAGUGGGGAAGGCUGUUGAUGCGCUGAGGCAGCGCAAAGACGCCGCCCACGGUCAUGUGCUUGAAGAUAGUUCUUGA